GUCUUGUAAAUUGAAAUUGAAAGUUUUAGUUACCUGGCAGGAGUUUUCAGUCAUUUGUAAUUUUUUCGUCAUUUUGUCAUAUACCUAAUAAAAAUGAGUACCAAUAACGUGGACAGUGUCAAACCUAAGUCGGUCAUCAGGACCUCUCCGUCAAUUACCAAGAAGUCGCAUGGUCAGCACACCAGUGGCCAAGAGAAUAGAACUUCCUCGGAUUCCAGUAACCAGACGCUGCGUUGGAGUUACGCCGACCAUGGAAGCUUCCAAACCGGUGACCCAGAGGUGCCUCUCGCGAAUCAACAUUCAGGACGUGGAGGCCCGACGAACCUCAUCAUCAACUAUUUGCCGCAGGACAUGAAGGAGGCGGAGUUGCUCGAAAUGUUCUCCGAGUUCGGCGAGAUACGCAAGCUCAAGAUCAUCCGCGAACCCAUUUCGGGAUUGAGCUGUUGCUACGGGUUCGUGGACUUCGUGUCCGCCCGCCAGGCCUCGGCGGCCCAGAUCGCCCUGGACGGACGCAGACUGCGCGGCAAGUGGAUGAAGGUGGCCUUCGCCAGGCCAUCGUGCGAUCAGAACAGGAACGUCAACCUGUACGUGGCGCACCUGCCGUCGUUCAUGGACGAGCAAAGGCUGAACGACCUCUUUUCCUCCUACGGCCGCGUCCUUGACGUGAAUGUCCUGCGGAACAAGAUCACCAAGCACUCCCGUGGAGUGGCCUUCGUGCGUUUUGAGCGCCACCAGGACGCGGAGGCGGCGAGGUGCGCCCUGGACCAGCACCGUUUGAGCGGGUCAUACCGGCCCAUAAUGGUCAAGGAAUCCAAUCGCCAACUCGAUCCGCCUCAUCCCGGCCCUGGUGGCGCGAAUCGCACCUCCAAUGGCCUCCAGUUCAAGUUCCACCAGCACUCUUCCCAGCGGCGACGGAACAACACCUCGCCGGCGAUCUCCAAGCGCCGCAAGGAGCAAGAGCCUCAGCAGGAUCACAAGCGUUCACGAAGGUUAGACUAGCCAAACUAGAUUUCACUGCGAAUCCAAGCAAUCAUUUCACUGAAAAUCCUUUUCCGUUUUUUUUUUUGCUGCAUUUAAAAAUGUUAUUUGAUAUGUAACGUAUAGGUAUUUGAUUUGAUAUGUAUUUGUGUAGAUAUGUAAUAUAUAGAUCUAUGCACCUUACUUGU